AGGAGAGGAGUGGCAACCCAGGUCCCUUGGGUGCUGGAGGGCAGGGAUGGGGGUAUUUAUUCUUGUCCGUCCCUCCCCGCUGCUGUCCGUCCAUCUGUCUGCUGCCACGGUAGGGUUCAUUCUCCUCCUCCUUUUCAACAGCCCCCCCCUUGCCCUGUCUCCCAACCUGGGCUCCCCAACCCGGAGUCCUGUUCCCCCCCCCCCUCCCCCUGACCUUCUGGCACCCCCCCAGAUUACCCUGGAAGCCCCCAGCUACCCUCCUAAGACCUCCACCCCCAACUCAGGGACCUGCUGCCCUGAACCCUGAUAGACCCCGACUGCCAUUGGCCACCCCGAGGGAGCCUGAGCAGAUCGUGGCCCCCAUCGGCUGCCCCAUCUCGAGGCCCACCGGAUCCCGGCUGCCAUGUCCGCCCCCCCCUUUGCCAUCAACCACCGCCUGUGCCUGGUGGUCUACGCCAGCGCCUUCACCCUGGGGCUGCCCCUCAACCUGGUGGCCCUGGUGGCCCUGGGGGUGGCAGCGCGGCACCGGCAUCUGCUGCCUGCUGAUGUCCUCCUCCUCAACCUGACCGUGGCCGACCUGGCACUGGUGGCCUCCCUGCCUGUCCGCAUGGCUGAGGCUGCCUGGGAGGCCACCUGGAAGUUGCCACCGGCCCUCUGCCCGCUCUUUGUCUUCCUCUUCUUCACCAGCAUCUACCUCACCACCCUCUCCCUCACUGCCCUCAGUGUCGACCGCUACCUCAGCGCUGCCUUCCCUGUCCAGUACCGCCAGCGCCGGCGUGUGGCCCACGCUGCCGUGGCUGCUGCUGGCUCCUGGGCAGCUGCCUUGGGCCACUGCAGCGUGGUCUACGUGGCUCAGCCUGGCCCAGCGGGCAAUGGCACGGCCUGCUACACCCGCUUCGCUGGCCCGCAGCUGGCCACCUUGCUGGCCCUCCGCCUGGAGAUCUUCCUGGUGCUCUUCUGCCUGCCCCUGGCCAUCACCGCCUUCUGCUACAGCCGUCUGGUCUGCAUUGUGGCUGCCCUCCCCACCGCUGCCCUGGGCAGGAAGCGGCGGGUGGUGGCCCUGGCAGCUGCCACCACAGCAGCCUUCGUCCUCUGCUUUGCCCCCUUCAACGUCUCUCACGUGGUGGGGUACCUGCGGCGGGAGAACCCGCCCUGGAGGGCCUACGCCGUGCUGCUCACCACCCUCAAUGCCUGCCUCGACCCCCUCAUCUUCUGCUUCUCCUCUGCUGCCCUGCGACGGGGCCUCCGGCAAGUCUGGGAUGCGAUGGGGCUCGGUUGGCUCCGGGCCAGGUGCCGGGCACCCUCUGAGAGAAGUGGGGAUAUGGCUGGGGGGUCUGGAGGCGAGGCGUUGGGCUUGUUGGCGUGUCUGGGGGUCGGUGGCACUGAGCUGGAGGCAUCUCAGCAGGCUUCAGGCCUAAGAGAGCCCCAAGGCAGGGCUUUGGAGGCUUGGGGCAGCCAUGGGGGUCCCCAGACAUCUGGGGAUGGUCUUGGGGGAGACAAGGAGCAAAGCCAGGCUGGAGCUUCUGGGGUGGCUGCGGAUCCUUGGGCUGGGCUCUGUGACCUGGGUUGAGUCAGCCCCUUCCACCCUUCCCCCUUCCCUUGCCUUCACCCCCUCCCCCCCCCCAGGGUUCAGGGCUGUGGGGGGUUGUGUGUGUGGUGGAAGGGGCACGGAUGCCUGAGUCCUCUCCUGGUUCCAGGAGAGCCAAGUGGGUGAAGGUACGGGAUGGGGUGGGAACCUGGGCGCCUGCAUCCUCUCCAGGCUCCAGGAGAGCCAAGUGGGUGAAAGGAGGCUGGGGGGGGUGGGGAGUGUGUGGAACCAUGGUUUCCUCCGUGCUUCCUCCACUCCCAGGAAGCUUCCGGGGGCUCUCCACGUGCCCUGGGGCUGGGAUGGGCAGGUGCCCCCUCCCCGUUAUCAGGGCAGCGCCUGGGGACUUCCCCGCUGCUGUCCCAGAUGGCCAGGCAGGACCCUAACCCUAACCCUAACCCUAACCCUAACCC